GAUUCUUUAUCGAUUCCUGUGGAUUUUCUUUGUUGUUGCUGGUGGUUCCAGUAAAAGCUGAAACUAUCCAACAAAGUCAUACCAACCAAAUGAGCAUCAUUAUUUGUGGCGUUAAAAAGUCGCUCAUUGAAAACAUUGACAUCAGCAGAAUUAUCUUCACAGCCAGAAGUGUUUUUGAUCUUUGAAAAGCCUCUUGUUGUGUCUCUUCUGCAGAGAAAACGUGUCCUGAAGGAUGGAGGAUGUUCAGUUGUACCUGUUAUUUCAUCUCCACUGAGCCCAAGUCCUGGGAACAAGCCAGACAGGACUGCAGAGCCAGAGAAGCAGAUCUGGUGAUCAUAGACAGUCCUGAGGAGCAGACGUUUCUUUCUGGAUUCUUCUCUACAUUCACUUGGAUUGGUUUGAGUGACAGAGAGGAGGAGGGGGUCUGGAAAUGGGUGGAUGGAACUCCACUGAACCUGACGUACUGGGCAGAAAAGCAGCCUGAUAAUGGUGGUGGAGACCCAAAGUUUGGUGAGGAGGACUGCGCACAUCUCGGAAAUGAUGGGAGCGCACGUUGGAAUGAUCUGUCGUGUGGUUCUCUCUUGCGGUGGAUCUGUGAAGAAAUGGCAUGACACUGUCAAAAAAAGUUUUAAAGUGUGAGCUUUGAUAAUGCAAAGCUUUUUUAGUGAAGACUGCUCUUGUAUGUUUGUUAAAAACGUAGCUCUGCGUAUGUGUUUGACUCUGCUGAAGACUAUACUUUAUAUAUUCCAAUGUCAGACUUUUCACUUUCUAACGUUGCAGCUUUAUGAUAAUAAAGAAUAACAAAAAGAAAAUAUACAUAAUUAUC